UAUCAUAAAAUUUCUCCCACCAAUUUAGUACUUUCCCUUUCUCCUCUUAUUGACUUAUAUUCUCUACUUUCCUUAUUGUUCAUCCUCUUCUUCCUCGAUUAUUCCCAUUUCAAUUCAUUGAUUUGUUUACUUUAUGACAUUUUCUUCUCCUCACCACAACAUAAGCAUCUAAUUGAGUGAUAACGUUUCAACUUCCAGGCCUAGUAGCCAUUACACUGAUAAUAAUGUUGCCAUCUGAGAAUUCUUCCCCUAGGAAGGCAUUCAAAAAACUCAGAAAUUCCUUCCAUUUAAUCAAAUCUCAAGUUGGAUUUCAUCAUUGUAAAUGGUUUUUGCUCAUCAUUCUCAUCCAAGUUACCUUCAUUCUCUUCCUUGCCGGAACUUCCUCUCCAACCACCCCACCCCAACAACAACAACAACAACAAAACUUCCAAAUCUUAAAACCUCACCAUAUUCACAAGCAAAAACACAACAAAAACCAAGUCCAAAACUUGCAAGAUUCGAAACCCAAAAACGAACACCAGAUACAGAGCAAGGGCCAAGUUAAAAACUUUCAAGAUUCGAAACCCAAAAAAGAACACCAGAAACAGUUAGCAAAAGCUAAGGAACCCCACGAUGAGUGUGAAUCUGGAAGAGUCUACGUAUACGAUCUACCAACAAAGUUCAACAAGGAUCUUUUAAACAACUGUCAUGAUUUAGACCCAUGGAGUUCACGUUGCAACGCUGUUUCAAACGGUGGUUUGGGCCCAAAAGCAACUGGACUCGAAUCCAUCGUGCCCGAAAAUCUCCAGUCCGCUUGGUAUUGGACAGACAUGUACUCUGCUGAAGUCAUUUACCAUGAAAGGAUAUUAAACUACAAGUGUAGAACCUUAGACCCGAAAAAUGCUACUGCAUUUUACAUCCCAUUUUAUGCAGGACUUGCAAUUGGGAAAAUAUUAUGGUUCACCACGGCAAAAGAACGAGAUCAGCCUAGUGAACAAAUGUUACAAUGGGUUAAGGAACAACCUUAUUGGAAUAAAAAUAACGGGUCGGAUCAUUUUCUCAUGCUUGGUAGAUUAACAUGGGCUUUUCGACGAAAAACUGAUGAUGAUAACGAUUGGGGUACGAGUUUUUUAAGAAUGCCGUUGAUGAAAAAUGUUCUACGUUUAUCGGUUGAGAAAAACCCGUGGGAUGAUUUAGAGGUUAGUGUACCUUAUCCUACAGCUUUUCACCCUCAGUUUGAAAUGGAAAUUAGACAAUGGCAAGAUCUUGUUAGGUCGCGUAAUCGUUCUAGUCAUUUUUGUUUUGUUGGUGCUGUGAGGAAGAAAAUCAAGAACGAUUUUCGCGAAGUGUUGAUGAAUUACUGUAAGAAUGAGACUGGUUCUUGUAAAGUGGUGGAUUGUUCUGUUGCACAUUGUUAUGACGGAGCACCAGCAAUACUAGAAGCAUUUUUGGAUAGUGAUUUUUGUUUACAACCAAAAGGAGAUGGAUUUACUAGAAGAUCUAUGUUUGAUUGCAUGUUGGCAGGUUCAAUUCCGGUUUAUUUUUGGGAAGGGAGUUUUAAGACUCAAUAUGAAUGGCAUUUGCCUUUGCCAUCAGAGGAUUAUUCAGUUUACAUGGAUCAUACUGUAGUUAGAAAUGAUACUUCGAUAGUUAGAAAGGUUCUUGAUAAGUUUAGUAAAGAGGAUGUUAGGAAAAUGAGGGAAAUUUUGAUUGAUGCUAUGCCUAAGUAUUUGUAUGCAAGAUCUAAUCAGGGAUUAGGGAGUAGUAAUGAUGCUUUUGAUAUUGCUAUUGAUGAAGUUUUGAAGAGAUUCAAGCAGCAAAGGGAACAAAAACAAAUCUCGGAGAAAACAAGAAAAGAUGAAAAUUCUGUAGAAUAAUGCAAGAAGAAGGUACAUGACAUUACUCAACAGGACCUUUAAUCCCUCAUUCUUUUUUUUUAAAGCGAUUAUUUUGUUUUUUUUUGUUUAUCUAUAUAAAUUCAAAGGGAGCUGCAUAACUUAGAGGAAAAGAAGAUAUUAGCUGAAUAAGCAAUUGCAUUUUGUUACAUGUAAAUUUUCAUCAUUGAUAUAAAUGUUACAUGAUACUUUGCUGAA